AUCACAGGACUGCCAUUCAAACCCUCAGGCCUCAGGAGGCGUAUGGGAAGUCUCAGCGCCCUGUAUAGGUAUACAACCUGCCGUCAUCCCGAAGAUGGCAGUGGGCCCGAAUGUCUGCAUAAUGGUUCAACCAUGAUCAAUGCCUACAUCAGGUUGUAUACCUAUACAGGGAGUGUCGUACCACUGUUUAACGUCCAGUGACCAGUUCUUAUUAAUAUGAGGUUGCCUAAUGCGCCUAAUGCCCAUAGCUUUAACCUACACACUCAACCGUUUGCAUCGAAAGCUUCCUAUAUGGUAUAUUCUUUGUCCUGUCCUCAUCGUCGGCGUUCCUCUUGAUCACUCGCCACCCAUCCCGACAUACCCAAAGUUUGGCCAAGGGCAGAAGAUCAAUCCUCAAAAUGCCCAUUUUCGUGGCGACUGUACUUCUCUUUAUCACCGUUACUGCUCACUGGAUCACAACUUUUCUGCGGCUUUUCCAGGCUUUUGUCAUCUAUGAAAGUGGGACUUCACCUUUAAUGUUCUACGGUGACUUGUCGCAAACUACAGAAGUCGUCAAAACUGGACUUCUAAUGGCAUCCCUGAUUAAUGGUGAUGCAAUGAUUAUUUAUCGAUUAUGGCUGAUUUGGAAUCGUAAAUUCUGUGUGAUCAUUUUCCCUCUUUGUACUCUUAUCGGCCUUACCAUCUGUGGUGUAGGUAUUACAUACCAAUUUACCCAGUACCAUAUAGGGGAGGAUGUUUUUCUCACUCAAGCCGGACGUUGGAUCACCAGUGACUGUGUUUUCACCAUAUGUACAAAUAUAUACAGUACAUGUUUGAUGAUUGCGUGGAAAGUUUGGAGUACCAAUAAGAUCUCGAGGGCUCAUGGUCAUACAGGAAUGAGCUUGUUGCCAAUCCUAGCUACCUUAGUGGAAAGUGCUGCUCUUUACACGACUUGGACCAUCUUAUUCUUUGUGACAUACCAAUCACACACAAAUUUCCAGUUCACAGUCGUGGAUACAUGGGUUCCAAUGGCUGGUAUUGCGUAUAUGCUAAUUAAUGUCCGUGUUGGGUUAGGCUGGGCACAGUCCUCAAACCAAAGCUCUUUUGCCUCUCAAGAGCCGGCUAUUACUAGAGGUCAGGGAGGAGGCGACUCCUACUCAAUGCGCCCUCUCGCAGUAAACAUUACCCGUGUGGUAGACAACGAUGGUGAGCUUGAUAUGGGUAUAUUAUCCGUUGAAUACGGACGGGAUAAGGCUGGCAUUAGGGAACCUGUUUGAUGUCCAUUUAUUUAUUUAUUUUGCGUCCUUUUGAUGAAGAUCAGAGCAUACUUAACGUUACAUCGUUGGACAGCUGUUCAUAGUUACCUGUGUGCUAAUGUUGAUAAACCCUAUCCACAAGCUCAAUAGCUAAAAACGUCCAAGUCGAAUAUGUAGCCUUCUGUAAAUUCCUGGUCCAGGUUAGUCUCGAAUCCAGACGGUCCGGGAAGGAGCGGAGGUCCCGGACCGUCUGGAGACAUUCGUUUAAGGACGAGUGCAUCGAGUCACACUGUCACACUUAUAGCCGUUUUUGGGUAGAGAAAGCGUCCAAAAGUAGAAAUUGAUAAUGUUUCGU